CAUAGCCGGGGUCGGUUUGUACAGGCACCGCCCGCCAUAUGUGCCCAGUCGCGCCCAGCUAUCAAGCACUAGUGCAGCAGGCAGCAGGCCAACCAGACAGCAAGGAAAACACCCCUGCCGCUGCAGCCGACUGCCCGCUACGCCAUCCUCGUCAGCACAGGUCGCUAACCAGACAACACCGGCAGGUCUCAACCUGCGCGCCGGCGCCGCUUUGAAGGGAAAAACGCGGCAAGCCAACUGUUGCUCACAACCAAGACUCGGCUUUAGGCAUGGCUGCUCUAGUACACAUAUAAAUGAGAUAUAAAUAACAAUUGCCAUGACCUGGCUUCCUAGCACCAUACCGAUGCAGCGCACCCCAGCCUCGGAGUGAUUGAAGGAAACGACGUGCAGCAUCCUUCGCAAGCAUAUAUAUUUUUGCAGACCAGCCAUCUAUCCAUCGCUAAUGACUGGGAACGCCCACGCGAGGUCGGCGCGCGCGCUCUGAAAAACACCAAUACUCGAAUGGAGUCGUUGCGUGGCUUGGGCAAUGCCCUAAGCGAUGCGGGUAAAAAAGAGGUUAGGGACGACACCUCGGGGGCUUCCAGCUUUGUGGUGUUCGACCAGCAACGUCGCCCGAGCAUGGAUGUCCAAACUGCGCAAACCAAUGGGCAACCACGCCAGCAUGCAGCCCCUAGACGUAAUAUGAGCUAUGAUGCGUCAACCUUCAGCGCUCGUGAGCCCGGCCGAAAGCCGCCGUGGACGUUGGCUGAGGAAGCCUCACUGGCGAAGUGGCACAGCAUUUUGGGCAACCGAUGGGCUGCGAUAUCGAAGUACCUGCCGGGACGUUCGGAGAACGAUGUCAAGAACAUGUGGCACGUGAGCAACGGGGCCGGGAGUACUGUUCGCGCUAAGAGCUGCCGCCGAAGUAGUCUGCUGUUCAACUAUUGCCGGGCGGUCAAGGACUGCAGCGACGACGCCACGGCUCGCCGAGCUGCCUUCGAACGCACCCAGCAGCAAUGCGCCGGCUCGCCGAUACCCUCGCCUGGCGUCGGCGGCGGCGCGGGCGUCGGCGGCACCCUGGCAGCAGGAGGUGCAGGCGGUGGUGCUGGUGGUGCUGGGGGGCCGGUGCGCAUGCUGCCUACGAAGCGCAGCAGCGCCCCCGGUGCGCAGCAGCUGUUGGGCUUGUAUGCGGCUCAGUCGCCGUCCGGACUGCUGCGGGCCGGCCAGGCCCUACUGGAGCGGCCCUUCUCAGGCUCCGUAACCGACCAGCUCGAUUCGGGCAUCCUGGGCAGCGAGCCGCUGGACCCGGCGGGUGGGCACGACUCCAUGACGCACCUGGACUACAGCCCCGCAGCCGGAGGCGGCGCCAGCCGCCGCCCGCGCGCGGCCACCGCCACCGGCCUGGGCCUGAGCGGCACGUGUGAGACCACCCUGUACCACCACAACGACCACCGCGGCGGCGGCGGCCCUGGAGACGGAGGCCUGGGAGGGGUGCUCUCAAGCGGGACGCUUAGCGGGGGGGCCGGAGGACCCGGAGGAGGUGGGCUUGGCGAUGGCGGCGGUGGCGGCGGGCAGUCUCGCGAGGCCUUCCAGCUGCUGCACCACGGCUCCCGGCCCACGUCUUUCAACGGCGUGGCCAGCGGCAGUCACAGCCCACAGCAGCUGGGCUACAGCCGUAUGGGGCUGCAGCACCAGCAGCAGCAGCAGCAGCAGCAACAGCAGCAGCAACUGCAGCAAGCAGCGGCGGUGGGCCACGGCGGCAUUGUCGGCCUGGACCGCGCUGCGUCCAUGCCGCACCGCACAUCUCUGCCUGGCAGUACAGGGCUGCUUGGCGUGCCGGACUACGGCCGUCGCGUUGACGGUGCCGCGUACGACGCCGGUCCCAACAGCGGCGGCUCGGCGGCACUCGGCGGUUAUGCCGGCUCGCAGUCCGGCUACGCAGCUUCGCAGUACGGCCAGCACCCGUCACAGCAGCAACAGCAGCUGCUGCAGAUGCAAGCAGCGCAGCAGCAGCAGCAGCAGCAACUGUAUGCUUCUAACCAGAUGCAGCUGCAGCAACAGGGCGGGAGGUAUGACAGUGGCGGCAGCGCGCACGGCGGCCCCUCGCGACUGACACACAUGGUGCUGAAUGCCGGCGAUGGCUCGCAGCAUGGCGGCCUGGGCCCUCGCUCCUCUCAGGACCUCUCGCCGCACCACAACCAGCAGCAGCACCAGGCCUACCACUACCAGCAACAGCAGCAGCAGCAGCUGACAUACGCGCAGCAGCAGCAGCAGGGGCAGCAGCAACAACCACAUUUUGAGUUUCACCAGCACCACCAGGUGCCGCCGCAACACCAGUACGGCGGUGGGUACAUUCCGGCGCCGCAGCACACACAGCAGCAGCAGUCGUACGGCAUGCACCCGCAGCACCCGCAGCAGCAGCAGCAGCAGCAGCAGCAGCACCGCACCUCCAUUAACGGUGGCAUGAGCCUGAUGUCCAUAGACACCGACACGCGGACCGGUCCUGAUGGCCCACAUUACCGGACGAACGUGAACGCCGGGGGCGGCGCGCCGGUGGGCCCUGAUGCCGCUGCCUAUGCUGAGGCCCAGUACCAGCAGCAGCUGCUGCAGCAGCAGCAGUACUACCAGCAGCAGCAGCAGUACCCUCCGUACCAGCAGCAGCCCCAGCGGCCAUCGUCUGGUACUGUGAGCGCGGCCGGCCUGAUGUCGAGCGGUGGUGGUGGUGGUGGUGGUGGUGCUGGCGUCGGUGGCUUUGGCGGUGGUAAUGGCGGCGGUUACGACGGUCGCCCUGGGCACAGCGACAACGGGUAUGGUGAUGCAGGGAGCCCCCAUGGUGGCCCGGACUCGCGCAUUACGACUGGCGGCGGCGUGGGCUCUGACGGCGCCCCGGGGCCCCAGUACGGAGCCAGCGCGCGUCAGUCCCGCCCCUCCUCCGGUCCCAGGCAGGAGGCGGUGGUCGGCGACGAUGGCGGUGGCCCCGACGGGGCUGACGCCGUGCACACGGAGCAGCAGCAGCAGCAGCAGGCCCGAGCGAUGGCCAUAAUGGCCAUUGCGGCGGCCAGCGGCAGCCAGCGCGGCAGCCAGCGCGGCCGCGCCAUGAGCGGCACCAGCAACGCCUUUGAUGAGCUGGAUGCCCUCCUGGAGCAGAUCGACGUGAUGGAGGACAAUGAGGCGCUGACGCUCAACUACCUGGCCGUUGCCGGCGGCUCCAACCGCGGCGCCGCCGCGGCCCAGCAUGCAGCUGCCGCCGCCGGCAGCGCAGGCGGCAUGGAUGGCGGUCAUUUUGACCUGCAGCCGCAGCCCCGCUACCAGCAGCAACAGCAGCAGCAGGAGCCGCAGCAACAGUACCUAUUCUCAGGGCUCGCGCCGCCCGCGCAGCAGCAGCACGAGCACCUGCAGGACGGGCCCAGCAGCGGCGCAGCCGGACACGUGCCCGGCACCGGCAUGCUCUUUGGUGGCGGCGCCGGUGCCGGCGGUCCUGGCGGCCCUGGCGGCCCUGGCGGCUGCGGCCUGCUAGGCAGCGCCACCUUCAGCGCGUUGCUCAUGAAUGUCGACGGCGGCGCAGCGGGCGCUGGCGGCAGAGGCAACAUGGCUCCUGCAGGGCCGCCGCCGGCCAUCGCUGGCGGGCCGCCGGGCGGCCAGCGCACUGGCAGCAUGACAUCUCAACGCCACCACGCAUCCAUGGACGUUGUGACGAUGGGCCUGGGGGAUGAGGACAUUGCAGGAAUGAUGGCGGCACUGGCAGGCAGCCGUGGCCAGGGCGGCCAGGGGCCGGCGGGCGGCGUGGGUGGGCGCUAGGGGGCUGCGCAAUGCAGUGAUUGGACUCCUCGUGUGAUGAAAGGGCAAAUGGCGUUUGGGGCAUACGCGUAUGUGUGAGGGGGGGCUUGCAAAGAUGGUUGGAACAGCGACACAGGAUACGGGGCGGGUGAGUACCUCAAUGGCGUGUGAAUGGAAGCCGCAGCAAGCCGGGGUAUAAGAAGUCGCCGGGCCGACCGAAGGCCACCGCCAUUCCUUGAAAGGGGUAGUCAAUGCCAGCGGGGACAAGGGGUUAUGUACCCAGCCGGGGGGGCAGCCCAUGGGGCGAUACUGGCGUGACGCAGAGCACGAGACCUACGUUUGCUGCCGGCAUUGUAUGUCAGGCUUUGGCAACGUCAGUGCAUGGUCAGUGGUACCGUGGAGGCUGUCGGAACGUAUGUGGAUGUGUAAGGGGGCACGGUUACAGCGGCUUAGAAGUGUCCAUGCUCUUGAGUACGCAGAUCAACACAUGAUAGCAUUAUUGCCGUACCUGUGGACACAGUACUGAAGGUCUCCGUCGUCGCGUGGGUCCUGUGUUCCACGCAUCCAAGGUUUGCAGGUUUGCGCGUAGUUGCACCAUGUGUCAAAAGUCAGAAUGGUCGACGGACCUCGCCGCAAACCAUGUUGCUGUGUAUGGGUGGGUGGUGACAGCACGGACCAAGCUGCGUCUGGGCAGGGUGGAGGAAUUGAGUGGUAACAUGCAGAAGUGGACCAGGUUGUCAGCCGUUUGAGUCUUCGUUCAUGAGAAUUGGAAGGAUGGCAGGCUGGCAGCUUGAGCACUUACAGGGACACAGACCUGUGCAGACCUUUCUCGGUGUGUAUGUGUGCGUACACAAUUGGAGUCAUCCUGGCUGCGCAGAUUGCCUGCGCCGCACACCCAUUAUGACCCAGCCCAUAGCUGCUGCUCCGGCAUGUACACGCAGGGCAGUUAAGGAAUUCAAACCUGAGUGCCUAAACAUUACAGGGCGGGGAGGUGUUCAUAAUGCUGCUUUGUCCCUUCGGCGAGGGAGCUUAAAUUGCCACGGCCUCGCAUCCGGAUUUAGAGUUCGCAUUCAUGCCGCUAGGCGCGCGGGGGUGUACGCAAUGGUAUCAACAGGGAUGGGUUGCUAGAGUAGGCAUGGACGGUAGGUUCCCAUUUCAGUGGACAUUGGGAUUUGGAUUCGAAUGAUGAAUGGGAAAUGGGGGAUUUGGCAUCUCCUAUCGCAAUGGCGACCAUGGGCACGGCCACCUUGGUGGUCAUUGGACUUGGCCAUUGGAAUUGGCAUAGGUUACAACCAUCGGGUCGAUGUUUGGCAGACAUGCAAAGCAGCAGGCCCAUCGCUACAUUGAUUUGGAGUUGUAAGGUUGCACCCGG